AUGGCGAGACCGGUGGAGCUUCUUAACGAUUUGGUAGAUGAGAUACUCUGUCGCGUUCCGGCCACAUCCUUGAAACGGUUACAAGCUACUUGCAAAAGAUGGAACCGUUUGUUCACUGAAGAUAGGAGAUUCGCGAAAGAGCACCAGAGAAAUGAUGUUCCUCCUCUUCCAUCUGUAGAGGUAAAAAGAGAGCUUAGCCUACCACAUCCGUGUUCUAACAAUUCACGUCAGUUCGAUAUAACAGAAGUCUUUCACUGCAACGGCUUAUUGAUAUGCGUCAACGAUGAUAACAUCCCAUAUGAAAUAGUGGUUUGGAACCCGUUUACUGGUCAAACCAGGUGGAUCGAAGCCAACAAUCGUUGGAAGAAUACCAACACAUUUGUUCUCGGGUACUACAAGAACAACAACAACAACAAGUCCUCCUGGAGUCAAAGAAGCUACAAAAUUUUGUGCUUUAAUUAUCGUGGCGAAGAUACAGAGAUCUACGACCUAAACUCCUCUGAUUCGUGGAGGAGGAUUCCUGAUGGUGAUCUCACUCCACCAGGCUGGGAUGGUAUGUUCUCUGAAGACAUCGUGCCUUUGAAGGGAAAUACUUACUUUUUAGCUAAGGAGGAAUCAAAACCGCAUCUUGGCUGGUCAUUGAAAUUUUCCGUGUUUUUACAGCCCGAUGAUACAUCCAAGGCUGAGAUAUGGGUGACAAGUAAGAUUGAUGAUGACUCCACCAAAGUGGUGUCCUGGAACAAGGUCUUAGCAUUCGAUUUGAGCCCUCAUCUUCGAAUUACUGAUCUGGUAACGUUUGUGCUUGACGAGGAUAAGAAAGUCGUCGUGUGUUGUGAGAGAUGGAUGGGUGACUGCAUCGACAAGAUAUUCAUUCUCGGCGAGGAUAAUCAAGUCAGUGAAUUUGGUUUCGAUCCGCUGGUUAAAUAUCAGACAGGACCUCUCUAG